GGCAAUCUUGGCGUAAACUGGGUAUUAGAUUACGGCACUAUGUAAAAUAACAUUUGUUUUUCUCUGUUGAUAUCUUUCUCUUUAUCUCAUCCUCUUUUACCCGUAAGUGUCGAGGUUUUAUUGAUUCAUUUUGAUCUAUUUGGACAAUGGUAGGACUCCUUGGAUGAGUGAUCAGCACGACGCAAGGCUUCUACCUAUACAAACACAGAAAGACGCGGACAAACAUCCAUGCCUUGAGUGGGACUCGAACCCACGGUCCCAGCGGCCAGGCGCACGAGGUCCAUACCCCAGACCGCGUGGCCACAACUUACACAAAAAAAUUCAGUAUUAAUUAAGACCAACAUCUCAAGCAAUAACUGUACUUAAUUUAAAUACAAACUACUAUAACGCACUACAAAGACUGAAUCGAUACUGCUCUUCCAUUCGGUACCAGGAUCGAAUAUGCUCAUACAAGUUAGUUCAAGCUGUGCUGCAAUGCGCAUUUUCCUGAUGACUCAUACUACUAAUACAUCAUCUCGAAAGGAACAGCAAAAAAAAAAAAAAAAGUUCAAAUAAAUAUUUUUCUUGUUGAUUUUACUCUGUUUAUGAGACGUGUUGCUGACAAGCUAAUUAACUCCUGCAGGAAGAAAAGUUAUCAGGUUAUGAACAACUGUUAUAUAUCAAACUGAAAGGGUAUAAUAAUAACAUAGAACUGGCAGCGAGACGAAAAUGUCACAAAAAUAUUGAAAAUAUUCUAUAUUAUAAGUUGAAAUAAUUGUUAACGAGGAAAAGAGUUAGUAAGAGCAAAGACCAAAUUUUUUAAGUCAUUUAUAUGCGUCAAAUAUUCACACGUUUAAAAAAUUUCCAUACAGCCUAUUUCAAUUUCCAAAAGGAAUCUAGAAACUACUCUUGAGUCAAAUAUCACCGUGUAAAAGCAUCUCCUUUUCGUACGCGAAGAGUUCUGAACGAAAAUACGCAUUAUACAACGAACUGCGCUAAUAAUCUCAUAAUUUUUUUUAGACAAAAUUUUUCCAGAGUUAAAGUUAGACGGCGAAAUAAUGGCUGACAUCGCGCGUGCUGUAACAAAACGUAAUGACCUGUCUUAACAGCGAUACAAUCAAGUAUGUGAUCACAUUUCCCGGUUAACACGUAAUAAAAACCGAGUGGCCGCUACUGCAGACGCUGGAAGCUCGGAGACUCGUCGACGCCAGUAUUGAUCGUAUAGAGAGAGGGAGACAGGCGCAGGGAGGCCUAAGUAUCAGCAACACAGCUUUCGGCGUAACCCAUUCAGUCUGACGCUCCAUGUCACAGAACUGGCGGUGGGUGCUACUGUGAUGUGUUGUGAUUUGGUGUGAUGUGUCUAUGGCAACUACUGCCACCUAACAGUUAACAAUAGAAAUUUCGACAGGAAUCGUAAGAAGAUUCUAGCUUUCCUAGAAAAAGGAUAUAUUUUUUGUUAAGAGGGACGUAUACGUAUAUUUACUGUCACGAUUGUAAAAUUAAACGUUGACAGUUAAGCAAUUUAUCUAAAAUAUCGUUGGACAUCAAUGUUAACCAUACAAUAAUACAAUUGUUUCAUUAUCUGAUUAUAUUUAUCCGAAGUGUUUCACAAAUCAGACCGUGUGCGUGAAAGUGCAGUUGCUUGUACCGAGCAUUACAGCAAUGUGGAUUGAAUUUUUCUUUACUCCUUGUCUGCUAUUGCCUAUAGAUUGCUCCAUUACCGCUCCAAGUUCGUAAGGCGGAAAAUGCUCUAACACGUAAGGUACGUUCUAACGGCCCACAUAAAAAUAUUUUAAUAAACAAUGAUACCUAGGAAAGGACAGUUGAUACCUCAAGGCCACCUAGAAUAACACUGUACUUAUGGUGUCAGCAGCAUGGAGAUGGAUGUCUGAUUUGUAAUUUGUUAUUAUUUUACACAAAGUGAUACUUUUAAAACAAAUAACACAGUAACAACGUACUUAACAUUGCAUGAAUGUGUUAAUAUUCCUGACAAAUGCAGACUAUCACCCUCUUGUUUUAAUGUGAGAAGUUAUUUAUAAAGUAGGUGUAAUUACUAAAGUCGAUUAAAAAUGCCGAAGCAAAAGCCGAUUCCGCCGGAAGACCUGAUCAUUCCUCCACAAGACAAUCGGAUCUGCGGCACGAUAUGCAUGUGCCAGAUGACGGCUGUACUAAGCAGCGUGGCCCUAGUGUACCUGACAGUAGCUGUGUACAUGCCAACCUUGAGGGCCUUCCAGUCAGGCAUAUCAGAAGUGCCGGCAAUGUGCACAACUACACGACACUUUAAGAACGAUAACUGCGAAUGGGGGACAUGCGGUGAAUGGUGUCUGAGCAAAAGCUCUGGGGCGUGUGAACAAAUUUAUGUAAAUCUUCGACGAAAUGGUUCAGAGCUCACUUUUGAGAAUUGUACUAACAGUGCUAACAAGACUUGUUAUGGUAUCGAUCAAGAAAAUGCUAAGUCAAGUCGUUGCAUAGCUGACGAAUGCAAGAACCUCACUGGUACAUUCAACUGCACACUAGGGCAGUGCAUCAACAUCACAGACGCCUUCGAAUGUGUGUUUAUGAACACAGAACUUCCGCUCAAAUGUUCUGGUAGAAGAGGAAAAAUAACAUGUAUAGACUUGGACGGUCUGCAGAGUUGCGUGCGUGGGACUUGCGAAAAAAUUCGGAUUCCUUACAACUGUGACCGACGGUGCGUCGACAUACCAACCAGAAACAAAAACGUGAUCCUUCUCAGUGGAGAUAAGGUGUUCUUGUCGCAGUGCCAAAGGGCGUUAGCGACUGCAGACGAUGAUGAUAAGAAAGAAAUAUGGACUGAAGAUCAAGAGAACAUUCUGAUAGCAUCGUGUUACAUUAUCGAGAACACCACUCAAGGGGUGAUAGCUAGCGACUGCAUCAAUGGAUCCCUUUUGUCAAAAGAUUCUCUUACAGAUCUUGCCAACUUCACGUACUUGAACUACCUGAGCGUAGUGAACACAGAUCUUUUGGACCCGAACAGAAUUAUAGCUCCGCCAGAAAUAGAUCUCCUCAUAAAAAACGAAAGCAAAUUACACAUCAACAUGGAGGGCUGCGUCAACACUCUGAAAGACGAGUGCAGAGAUUUCUUCAGGGAGUAUGGCAAGGACGGGUCCGACCACAAUGCCCGAGCUCGAUUCCCGUGUUUCUACGCAGAAUCUGAACCAGAGAAGGUCGUUGCCCAUUUCGAUCUGGAGGGAACUUACCGGCACUUCCUGAUAGCAAGCAUACUGCCGUCUGUUCUGUUCGUCGCGUCCUGCUUCAUUCUUGUAUUCUGCCAGAAAACCGUCGAAGUUGGAGAUGACGCCAAGAUGCGGUUCAAGGGUUGCAGCGGCGUCGAUCUCAUCAUCGCUCCAGGAGAAAAAAGCGUCUCCGCAAACAACCUCGGGGACGGUGGCGGGGGGGACUCGGUCAUGGCACUCUGAGAUCCGUCACGCAUUCCCCUCCUGCUAGAGAGCCCGGUCCAUCACCAGCACGUCUUCCCGCUUCAGGACUACUGAAGAUAAAGAAGACACAAACAAAUUCCGCACGAAAACGCACCAAAAGCUUUCUAACGUCGCUAAAUACACCACGACUACUAGCUAAGAUUACUUCUUCUUACAACAUAACAACUCUAUCUCUACUACUGUAUUAUACUUAGCACGCGGUGCAUAACAACUGCGGAUAACAUUACCAAACAGUUAUAUGGGGCCAGGGUAUUACAAUGUCACUGGGCGACAUCCUACAAAAAUAAUAAACUUGUAGGUACAGAACUCAGAGUGUCACACAUCUAGGAGGGGAACGCGGGAUAAAAGAGAAUUUCGUCGAAAAAAUUAAUACUGACAUCUUUCUAAAAGUGUAAAAAGACUUUCUGAAUACAUAUUAUAUUAGUAGUACUUUGGAUAAUUCAUAGUAUUAGGUGCCUGCAAAGUAAUGGCUAAAGAAAACAAAGGCAGAACAUCCGAAUAACUUCUUGAAAAUAUUGUUAAUAUUCGAAGUAAAAGUGAACAAAUUUCAGUUGGAUAUAUUGUAAACUGAACUUCGUGAAUAAUUACAGGUGAGAGCUGCUUCGUAUUCGCUUCUUAAUAAAUACAUUGUAAAACUGUAGACAACCUCAAGUAGUAGCUGAAGACAGUCCACAACACCCCAGCCACCUCUCGUAACAUCAACUACGAAAUACCUUGCCGAAGACGCUAAUUUUUCAGACAAAAUAAAAUUUAUAUUUAGGCAUUUGUAGUAAAGCUUUGGUCCAUUAAACCUACUGUUUGGCUAUAUUUA